UGUGUCUUAUUACCAAACCAUCCCAGACGCAAGGUUUUUAAAAAUUAAAUCCUCAUUUGAAGCCGCAGCCCUCAAUAUGGACGUGUUGGUGGAAUAACUGUGCACAGGUAAGCAUUAAUGGUAAAUUAAAAUAAUUUUUGCCUAGAUGAAGUUAUUUACAAGUAAAUAACUGCAGAUGCAAGAAAGGUUUUUGAGCAAAAUGAAAUAUUUUAGAUUUUAAUUUAGGUAACAUUAAAGCUAAGCAACUUAUUUUAGAUAUUUGCAUCAAGUAGCUUAAAUAUGUAUGCUUUUAUGACUGAAAAGACUUACCUGAAGCAGUAUAGUUUUUAUUUCGAGUGUUUUAAAGUAAGAGACUAGCUGGGCUAGGAGAGCUAGCUUCCUAGCUAGAGCUAGCCUCCUAGCUAGAAACAGGUGUUUGACAAGUUGACAAUAUUUGGGGUAGGUGGUACCUGUGUGGUACCUACUACCUAGCUUUUGGUGAUAAAAGUUGGGUGAUGAACUGUAAGGUUUUCAUCAUUAUAUUUAACAAUAUUGGCGAACUGCUUGCUUUAUGUUAGCUAAUUGCACCGUAGUGAUGCUUGUUAAGCUCGUUAAGCUUGAUUUCAAGCAGGAGAUUAAUAAGAAGCAAACCCACAGGUUUCUGUGAAACUUGUUUAUCUUUUGGAAAAGCACCAAUGGUUGAAGGUUUUAAUAAUUGGCUGCAAUAGGGCUGGUGCAUCAAUGGCUUUAAAGCUGUGUACUGUAAUCACUUUCAUGACUUAAAUGCUGAAAGUGUAAAUCAAGAGUCCUCAAAUUUAGGCAAAUAUCGGUGUCCUUCAAUUUUUAAAUGUGUAUUUGUACCUGAAUCAAUUAGCUGAAUAACCUCCUCAUAUGCAGCCAAAUUCUCCAGAUUUCUGACCACAUUAUUUGACUUAGGUGUGUUGAAGCAGAGAUGCAUCUAAAAGUUGGAGGAGACUGUCCCUGGAAGACUGAUUAAAACUGUUUAAUUAAAGAUAAAUUGGACUUCUCUAAUAAAAUUCAUUUGUGCAACAAACUACCCUUUUUCCUUAAAGUAUGGCUCAAAUGUUCUUGUAAGGCUGUACUAUUGGCUGAACAACAAUAUAUUGAACACUGAACUAUUUGUAGAUGGUAAAGCACUUUUUUAAAUCAGUGAUUAAAUAAAUUAUAGUGUUGGUGUUUUAUCUGAGCUGUGUGUCUUGCAUGCAUAACAUGUUUCCAUAUUUAUAAUUAAAUUUUUAGCUUUAACAUUUGUAGGAAUUACAAAGAAGCUUGUAAUUCCUUCUUUGACUGUUAUAACUUUUCAUACAUGUCAGUAAAACAUGCAGAGGCGAAGACGCAUAAAUCCGAAGGAAGAUGCCAAAUAUUAUAUUGAUACCAAAACGGACAAAGUGGGGCUUGACGUCACGUACAUCAAUGCCUUUAAAGGUCGUGGUAUCUUUGCCACAACCUCUUUUCAGAAAGGAGACUUUCUGUGUGAAUAUCGAGGUGAACUGAUCAGUAAAGAGGAAUGUGAGAGGAGACAGAGAGUUUACCAUGACAACCUUAAAGUAUUCUUGUUUGAAUUCUAUUUUAAUGGAAAACUCUGGUGUGUUGAUGCAGCAAAAGAAGAUUGCUCCCUUGGAAGGCUUAUAAACGAUGACAAUAUCAGCCCAAAUGCCAAAAUGAAGUAUCUGACCGUCCAACAGAAACCACAUUUGUGUUUAUUUGCAACUCGAGAUAUCAAUCAGGGAGAAGAGAUUACGUACAAUUAUGGGGACUCAGACUGGCCAUGGCGACUCAAGAACUCCAGUGGGAUGUCUUCAACUGGACAAGAUGUUGAGGUGCCAUCCACAUCACAGUUGGUUUCAUACUAUGGACCGGUAUCAAGCAAAGACCAAAUAAAGAUCAGAGCUGAAAAUGACCCGGAUCAGAUGAUAACCAGUGUCAAAAACGAGACAGAUCCAGUCCUGGAUUCACUCCCCAUCAAGGAAUUGGAGAAAGAAAUGUCCCAAAGUCCUGACUGCACUCAUUCAACUUCUACGGCUGGCAACACAGAACAGAUCAGAGCUGAAAAUGAUCAGGAUCAGAUGACAACCAGUGUCCCAAAUGAGACAGACCCUGUCCUGGAUUCACUCCCCAUCAAUUCAGAGGAAUUGGAGAAAGAAAUGACCCAAAGUCCUGACUGUCCUUGUACAACUUCUUCAGCUGGCAACACAGAACAGAUCAGAGCUGAAAAUGAUCAGGAUCAGAUGACAACCAGUGUCCCAAAUGAGAUAGACCCUGUCCUGGAUUCACUCCCCAUCAAUUCAGAGGAAUUGGAGGAAGAAAUGUCCCAAAGUCCUGACUGUCCUUGUACAACUUCUUCAGCUGGCAACACAGAACAGAUCAGAGCUGAAAAUGAUCAGGAUCAGAUGACAACGAGUGUCCCAAAUGAGAUAGACCCUGUCCUGGAUUCACUCCCCAUCAAUUCAGAGGAAUUGGAGGAAGAAAUGUCCCAAAGUCCUGACUGUCCUUGUACAACUUCUUCAGCUGGCAACACAGAACAGAUCAGAGCUGAAAAUGAUCAGGAUCAGAUGACAACGAGUGUCCCAAAUGAGAUAGACCCUGUCCUGGAUUCACUCCCCAUCAAUUCAGAGGAAUUGGAGGAAGAAAUGUCCCAAAGUCCUGACUGUCCUCAUACAACUUCUUCAGCUGGCAACACAGAACAGUGUCAAAAACAUCACUUGAUGUGCACAACAGUAUCCUCUUUGGAGAAGUGUACUCAGUGUUUUGGACCUUGUUCUUCAUUCAAGUGGGUUGGCUACCAGUGCAAAGUGGGAGCAGUGUCAUCGACAGCAGAGGAAACUGUCCCUCCUGUUGAAGAGACCUCCUCUGCUGCACCCAGAAGACAACCAAAAAAACCAUGGUCAAGUGCUGAGGUUUCUGCUGUUAUGAGGCAUUUUAAAGCUCACAUAGGUAAAGGAAAACUUGCCACUAAAAAUGAGUGCAAACACUGCAAGUUGGUGGAAGGUCCUGUGCUGGCUCAAAGAACAGCACAAAAUAUCAGGGACUUUGUGAGAAACCGUGGAAUAACUGCUAUGAGGCAGGCACAAAAGAAAAGGCUCUAGAUUUUAUGUGAAGUAAUCAUUUGUUCAAAAGUGUUCCAUUUUGUUCAUGCUACUAAAACAUUUUUUUUGUUGCCUAUCGAACAAUAUUAUCUGUAAAGUCCCGUGACUUAGAGGCUGUUUAAAUGUAUUUGUGUUGAUAGGCAGAAAAGCGUUUUUCUAAUGGUGAGGCAUUUUUCUGUUGUCCAGCAUAAAAAUUAUUCGAAAAGGUGGCAGAAUUUUAAUUUAACAUUCUUUUACUUAUUUAUUUAUAUUCAGAAUAUUUGGCAACAGUCUGCACCCUAAAGCCCUUAUUUUACUUUUGUGUACGUUUUGUUGAGGCACUUAAAUUAGAUUGUUUUUCUUUUGGUAAUUUCAAUUUGAGGCUUACUUUUAUUUUUUAAAGAAAAAUAAUUGAAUUAUUUGGUCAUAUUUACCUAAUAAAAUAUGUUCUGUUAAUGCUUUGUGCUGUCAGGUUGUGUAUUUAUGCUAAUCAGCAGGUUUUUAAAUAUGACGUAGUUGUCCCUUUAAAGUUCUCACAAUACUUUGUUUUGUUCUCAUAAACCACAUUUGCUGAUGUCCAUACAAGCCACCAUGUUGUCAGGCUGCUGAAAGAAAGGCUGUGUAGCUGCUAUCUGAAACCUAAAGUGAGCUAAAUUUUUUUCAGAUUUUUUGCAGUGUUUUAAGCCACCUCCCAUUGCUCUAGCUACUUGGGAAAGGGUAGUCCAGCUAAACCACCGUCGGGCCUGUUUGGCGAAAAAGGCAGGCUAUACCUUAUAUAC